AUGCCUGACGAGAUCAAGACGGAGGUGCGCGGCCAGUUGUCGACUAACUACAACUUGGAGGACCUCGACGAUGAGUCAUUGGCGUACGUCAACAGACUCUUCUAUAUAAGGUACAAGCAGUGGAAGAGCGACUUGCACCACCAUUUUGAGGCGUUUGAUGAUCCGCAAGUCGCUCUUCAGAAGGGUUGCCCGAAGGAGCUUGAGGGGCGGAAGGAUAGUUGGGCGUGGCUCUGCGCUCAUUUUCAGGCUCUCGAUUAUGUGAAUAAAACCCAAGUGAAUAAGGGCAAUAGGGAAGAAGACUAUUCUCCACCAUUCCGGUUUCAGGCCAUUCCCAUAUAG